GGCAGGUCCACACGAGACACAGCCUGCACGCCCGAUGACGUUGCGCCUCUGAAACCUCAUCUGGCACAUCCUUGGGUGGCGGACUACGUCCUCAUCAAGACCCGCUUGAGGCCAAGGGUAGACCAUAUAAGAGGGUGGCAGUAGCCUUCAUUCGCCAACCACAAACGCAGCAAAUUGCCGAACCACAGGGCGAACCACCGGACCUCGCGCAGUCCUUGCCCUGGGCGCCAUUUUAUUCUCAGCAUCCCGCAGAACGUUUCUUCACGGGCCAUUAAAAUUGGAAUUUCCGGUAAUCUCCGAUCACGUUCAUUUCGCAGCCGCAGCGGGCUCAGCGGCCAGCCACGACGUUAAGUGUAUAUUCGACAGCACCAUGUCGCCUGACAGGCGGGCGAGAAGGAUGGGCGGCCUAGAACACCGCACUGAUUCGGCCGGGAGUACCGCACGGCGCCGCACCCCUCGAGCGUGCAAAUUCUGCAAGGUUCGCAAGGUACGAUGCGAUGGAAAGCUCGAAGGGUGCUCACAAUGCACUGAUCGGCAGCAGAAAUGUGUCUACCCCACAGACAUCCCCAAGCGGCGAAACUGCACUCAGCAGCUUAAGCAAGAAAACGAGGCACUGCUAGCACAUAUUGGGUGGCUUGAAAAUCUGAUCGAAUCGAGCGGCAUCCCUAUAGAACCGUUUCAACUGUCCCAGUGGUCUCAGCUCGCGAGCAGGUCAUCUUUAUGCCCGGCCUUGGCCAAUCAUCACACAUCUCAGCAAGCUUCGCGACUUGCACUGCAGCCAGGAAUAGAGUGUCCUCCUGGCCCACCUUUGUUCGACACCGCAGUUCAUGGGCAGCCCUUGGGCAUCCCAAGCGCGUCAAUGCAGCUCACGGACAGCAACGAUGCUAAUCAUUGGCUUGUGUGCGAAGAACAGAUUGUGGGCAGCGACCGGCCAUUCGGAGCUGAGCCCGCUUGGCGAGGAGGUCACAUGAUGGACAGUCAUAUAGAAGCCUCGCUUGAAAAUGGCUCCUACCGUGAGGGUGGGGGUUUCACCAUUGACUGGUCAUUCGACCGCGCGGAGAUGCUCAUAAUCGGCAACACUAUGCAGAUGCAGAUGCAGAAUGGUCCACUCUAGUCACGGGUGUAGUUGCCACUACGGCCCGAAAUAGCACAGUUUCCACGAUGUCCACCCUAUGCUACUGAAGUCCCUGUCUCGAUAUUACGUGGGGCGCGUUAUUACCUUUCCCUCCAAAACCCG